UUAUCCCAGUAUCCCAGUCCCAUGGAGAAACACGUCACAGCUGUAGAAACAGUGGAAGAGAAAACAGAUUUGUCUACGGGGAUUAUUUACCGGAGGAGAAUUGCAACGUGCCAGAAUGUAAUUCCUGAAAUUUUAAGAAAGGUCAGUGUCUUAAAAGUGCCCGACAUCUACUUGGAAGAGGAAUCUUGGCUUAAUAUGCAGAAAAGAAACAUGGCUAUGAAAACUCAUUGUCUUACUUGGACACAGUAUGCGUCUCUGAGUGAGGAGUCUGUCUUCAGAGAGAGCUUGGAGAAUCCAAACUGGACAGACUUCACACAAAAAGGCAGAAUAUCAGUGACGGGGGCAGGUUUGCUCAACUGUGUGUUGGAAGCUUUUGCUCAAUCAUUUUUAAAACAAGGUGUGAAGAAGAGUAUUAAAAUAAUGGAGACACUUCUUCAGGAGCAGUGUGGGUGAUCUUCAUAAGCAUUUGAGAAAAUGUAUUUGCGUAGAGUUUCCUUGGAACCACAUAUCUUCAUUGCCGUUGGGAUUCCAUGGCUGUAGUCUGAAAUUUACAGGUACCAUUUUACUGAGGAAAGAGCGUUUAAUAUGCACAGCUGGAAGAAAAGAAGACCAUAGACUGCAAGUCUUUUACAAAAGAUUAAGGAAUCGUACUACUUAAGGGAAUAUUGUUGAUCAUGAAAAUCACAGAGGAACAAGUGUAAGCUUGGAAACACCGUCUUCCUGUGAAUUGGUGCUAUAAUCUCUAGAGACUAGGAAUUCGGUAAGGGAACAUAGAGCGGCAAAACAAAAAUAGCCCUUGUUGCUAUGAAGACACCCUUGCCUAGUCAACCAGUUGCUUUGUGUCUUAUCAAGGGAGGUGCAAGCACACCCCGCGUGCUGUUUAUUUCACAGCUUAAUUCUGUGGGGUAGAGGCUUCCUUCUACAGAAAUGAAGCCCAGCUGUAGCAGCUGAGUAGGGCUGCUGUUCCCUGCUUGAGUCACUCUGUUUCAGUUCUGAUAGCUGUGUUGGAAAUAUUUGGUUAUUAUACCUCUGCCAGCAUGAUUAUUUUCAGCUGUAAAGACAUGCCUCAAUGCAAGUUUUUCAUAUAUUUGAAUUCUUUCAGAAAGUAUUUCUCUCUUAUUGCUUCUGAAUAGAAGAAGAAUAAACCUGGAGGGGAAUUGGUCAAGUGCAAGUAAAGUUCCUGACAAAGGGUGUCUCAUAUGCUUCUCCUCCUCUUGUUCCACACACCAUAUCAGGAUAGUUUUAUUUUAAACUUUUCAUUUGAAAUUCAGAUAAGCACAAGCCAGCUUUGAUACCCUUCCUGAGUUAGGGUAAUACCACGCUUUACAAAUAGCCCCAUUAAAAUCAGUGUUUGUUCUUUGUGGAGAUUUGAACCGCUUAUUUGAUUGCCACAAAGCCAAAUGAUUAGCUUCACCUUUUUCAGGGUGGGUUGUGUUUUAUUUUCUGAAAUGUGAUGUAAAUUCUUGGUGGACUCUUCCUUAUGCUAUACCUGAGUGCUGUGGUCCUGCUUAUUUCAAUAUUUAAUGGUCUCAACUAUCCUGUUCUGAAGCUAAAUGAACGUACUAUUAAAGAGCUGAGCCACAGACUGUGACCACGCGCCAGCUCUCCAGUAGUGUAAAUCCACUUACCUCUGCUUAUGUGGCUGGUGCUAUAGGUUUAUGCUAUGGGAAAUGCUAGCCCGUACCUUGUGAUGAAAGAGCCAUGACGCGGUCCUUAGGAAAUGACCGUAUUUUGUAUUGGCACAGCGGAACAAAAUACUUUCCUUCAUCUUUCUUAUUUUGAUUGUUAACUGAUUCUUGUGAAUUUGGACUCUGAAUGCUGAACAGUAAAUAUUUAUGAAAUGUAAUGGCCAAGACUAAAUACAUUCAUUAGCAUAUUUAUUUUUAUUGAGUUGCUGCUUUGUGUGCCUGAGGAAAUUAUCAAGUUACUUCUAUUUGAACUUCUGUGUACAAUUUUAAGACUAGCAUUUUUAUUCUCACAUCACUCUGGAUUUUGGAAUUAGGAUAGGAAGCAUUUGCGUCCUCCCCCACCCCCAAAGUAGAAGUAGUCUUUGAAUAACGAAGGUCCAAUAAAAUCCA